AUGGCUUCAUAUAUUUUCAGACCAUUUGAAUUUGUGCGUCGCAUGGCUGUAGAAAAGCCGUCUUACACAUGGGCUAUUGGUAUCGGGUUAAUUGGACCAAUUGGAGUUGUGGUUAUACCACCUAUUCGUAGAAAAUACUUUGGAUACGUUCCUCCUGAGCGUAUACCAACCACUUAUCCAAUACCAAAGCGCCCACGUAAUUCACCAUCAGGUUUCGAAGAUCCCUGA